AUGAAGAUUGAAAAGAUCUACUGCUAUCCCAUAAAGGCCCUCCGAGCCGUGGAGCUAGAAUCGGUAGAAGUCACAAAACAUGGCUUCCCGUUCGACAGACGCUACAUGCUCCUCCACGUCUCCAAAGAGAAAGACGGCUCGACCAAGAACAUCAACAUUCAUGUGGCCCAUUAUCCACAGAGUGUACUGUUCUUCCCAAGCAUAGACGAGGCCGCAGGCUUGUUGACGAUCACGUACAAACCAGGCCAGGACUCCUUGGGCGAGCACAAGACCAUUGAUAUUCCCUUGAAACCGUACACCGGUGACCUGGAAACUGUGGAUGUAGUAAUGCACAAAUCUCCUACGAAAGCCUACAAAAUGGGGAAACAAUACAACGACUGGUUCUCUUCUUGCUAUGGAAUUGACGUCGUUCUUGUACACCUUGGCGAACAUCUCCGCCCCGUGCGAAUGUCAUCUCCUCAAUCACAAUCACAAUCGCACUCCGACACCACCCAUAAGAAUGGCAACGGCUCUAGCUGGCUAUCCAACAUCACCAACACAGCUGCUUCCCUCCUGCCAUCAGCAAUAGUCGGAACAAACUCCUCGCCAGAGGCAGAAAUCACAUUCGCGGACUGUGCACCCUACCUCAUCGCCUCGCAAACGUCCGUCGAAGACAUCCAUCCUCGUCUUCAAGGCGAACAAAUGGACAUUUCGAAAUUUCGCCCCAAUAUCAUCGUCUCGGGUGCUGAGAAACCAUGGGACGAGGACUAUUGGGGUGAGCUCACCAUUGCGGGAAAUACAAAAGUGGAUUGCGUGCAUAAUUGUGGGCGUUGCAAAUCCGUCAAUAUCUCAUAUGAGACGGGAGCACCAGGAACGGGUGCGCAGGGCGAAGUUCUGAAGGUUCUGCAGAAAGAUCGAAGAGUCGAUCCUGGGAUGAAGUACAAUCCCAUCUUUGGUCGAUAUAGCUUCUUACAGGAGGCAUCGGAGGGUCAUGUUGUGAAAGUUGGAGAUGCAGUAGAAGUUAGCAAGAGAAAUCAGGACRGAACCGUCUUCGAUUGGGAGGGUCUCUCUACCGCUUAG